CACGAUUUCAGCUUAACGUCGAUGUAACGUCAAUAUUGGAAUGAUGAAUGACAAGCCCAUGGUAUGAACUGGCAUCCUCUACAAAUAACCUGCUCGAGAUAGUGUGUUACUUAGUAAACCAAACUGCUCGAGAUAAGUCAGAUAGUGUGUGACUAGGUGUAGUUCAGAGUGACUCCGUGUCAAGAUGAUGUUCCAAUUGCCCCCUCUAAAAGUCAACCUCCCCAAACCUAAACACAGAAAACAAGAGGUAGUAACAGAGGACGGAAGAAGAGUGAAAUGUUUGAGAAGAGACACCUACCUCGACAUGAGUCAGAUGGCUCUCACCUUGUUCCCUAAGAUGGUCCUCAGAUGUGACGAUCUAGAGACCCUCAUAUUCAACAGGAACUUCCUCAGGGAGAUACCGAGGAAGAUAUCCCGUUUAGAUUGCCUCGAGCUGCUGGAUCUGUCGUACAACAGGUUCAGCGAGUUUCCUGAAGAGAUCCUCACAGUGACCUCUCUGAAGGAGCUUGACCUUAGUCACAACAACAUCUCAUCUAUACCUAUUGAUAUCAGAUAUCUCAAAUUUCUCAAGGUUCUAAACUUAAGUAACAACAGAAUUAAGAGACUACCCAACAAUCUAAAGAACCUUCUCAGUCUAGUUUGUCUGAACGUUUCUUGCAACAAGUUGGACGAGUACCCCUUGGCUCUAUGUUCGAGUUUCGUACAUCUACAAAUAUUAAAGUGCAGCCACAACUUUAUAGUGGAGCUGCCGUAUGAAAUAAUAAUGUUACCUGAGCUGUGUUUGAAGCCGGACGCUGUGGACUUCAGUCACAACCCUCUAACCUUCCCCCCAAUUGAAGUGUGCAACAGGGGAUUUGAAGCUAUGAGGAACUGGAUAGAACCAAAGUGGCGGAAUCUCAAGGAGUUUAAAAGGAGGAAGAUUGUUGCUAAUACUCUCAAAUUUACUAAGACAAAUAUGACCAGGACAAGUAUGUGGGACAAAGCACCCUCGGUGAAUAGCAGCAAGGCAAGCUCUACUAACUUGCAGAAGAUUCAAGAUACUUCCGGAUCAAAGAAAUCCCAGAAGAGAUCGAACGAAACUAAAGCUGACAAAACAGCCCAGAAAACUCCAAAAACGUCAGAAUUAGCAAAGUCAAAAGGAGGCAAGGUGGUGAAGACGACGAAGAAGAAGAAGACUUCAUCUGUGGCACAGCUUCUCAAGAAUGAUAAUCUGGAGAUACUAAGUGGCGAACUAGAUGACAGCAGUCGAGCUACUCUGGUCGAGGAACUAGAUGAUAGCAGUCGAGCUACUCUGGUCGAGGAACUAGAUGAUAGCAGUCGAGCUACUCUGGUCGAGGAACUAGAUGACAGCAGUCGAGCUACUCUGGUCGAGGAACUAGAUGAUAGCAGUCGGGCUACUCUGGUCGAGGAACACUAUCAGUCGGGCUACUCUGGUCGAGAUGAUAGCAGUCGGGCUACUCUGGUCGAGGUUUAUGGCGACGGUUCGAGUCCGGCCCUUCAUCAGCUGUCCCCCCUCCCGGACUCCUGGACUCCAGCUGUAACCAAGACUCCCGGACUCGAUACUCCGGAAGGAGAAGCCUGGUCUGGGGAGGACAGGGGGUAUCUAUCUGAUGGGGACGUUCAGGAGUCGGAACUACUAGAUCUGAUCAACCAGUCGUUCGAGCCCCCUGACCUGAGCCUGCCAGACUCAAUGCUCAACAUGAGUUGUAGUGGGGGAGGAGGUGGAAUGUUAGAACACUGGCUUGGAACGGUACAGAGCAUGACGAUGUCUGAUCCCACCAUGACACGUGACCCGUCGUGUGCCAGCACAGAGUUUGAGGGGAGCAGUCAGUUAGUUAACGCUUUUACCCCCUUCUCUGAUGUCAAGAUCACCAAGAACUCGCCAGAAGAUAGUGGAGGAAGUGAAGAAGAAGAAGAGGAUGACGAGGAGGAUGAAGAGGAUGUAUCUCAGUCCUAUCGGGAGGAACUGUUAGGAGUUGGGGACAUGUCCCGACAUUCCAUCUCUACUCCAGAACUAGAUAGAUUGUCUGUCAUCUUCUCUGAAGACGAUGCUAAACCAUCCCAGCAAACCGGACAAAAGGAGGAGGUUCGGGGCAAAGUUAAGAAACAGGCCAAAAUAAUGCGAAGAAGCAGUGUCAUGUCUGCUGUCUCUACUAUCUCCGAAGCAAACACCAUCACCUCCACUAAGGGCACGAAAAAGAAGAAGAGGAAAAAGAAGAAGAAGAAGUUGACGAGACAAGAAUCAGAGCUAGAGAUUUACUCCAGGAUCCCCUACAAACCCCUUCUGAUCGCACCCCGCAUGGUUCCUACUACGCGGGGCCUAAAAACAUGGGCUUACUUUAACGAACCUAAAUCCUGCUAUCUGAUUGACAAUAUGGCAGACAUAUCCUCCUCUGGGAAGCGAGUAACGUUUGGAUCAGACGAGUUCAUGAACUCUGCCCCCUCUACAAAGAGUCUGUUAACUGACUCCUGUAGAGCUAACAACUCUAGCAACUCAUCACUAGACCGUUCUGCAAGUGUACACAGUAUAGAAUCCAAUCAAUCACAGAUGCUUGGAGCCAGUAUGAGCAGUUACUCACAGUUCAGUACACCCCCUUCCUCUCCAUUCGCCUUCGACUCUCAACACUCGGCAUCGCCUCACACUGGACCUCGAGAUAUUACCUCUACUUCCUUCUCUGUUGCUCAGGGACUCUGGAGGAAGUCUAGCAAUUUAAAAAAGAGGCCCUCCUCCCUGCCAGCCCCAAAACAGCACACCUGGACAUCAGAAGAGCUACAAAAGUUCAUAUUCCGACCCUCAGACCUUAUGAUACCUCCCAAGGUGCUGAUAUCGUACCUGAAGCUGGACAAUGAAGCGUUCCAGGCCAACUUGAUACUGAAACUUGUUAACACUUUAGAGUUGAAUGGGCUGGCGGAGUGUGUUUGUGAUUUAACUACGAAAGAAGAAUAUGACUUCGAGGAACUCGGUUACUAUGACUGGUUGAAUGAAAAAGUAGAAGAGUGUGAGUAUAUCCUGGUGAUGAUGUCUAAACACUAUGUUAACUCCCUGUCCAUCCUAACUAAACUGGACGGUAUAACUCCGCCUCACUCAGCCUCUCACAGGGGCUCCCCUUACAUCACUGCAGCUGAUAUCACCAGAUGGGGACUUAGUCCCAGCGAGGUUCAGCGGAGGUUUAUCCCAGUGCUGAAUGAUGACAUGGAGCAGAUACAGACCCCUUCCUGGCUCCAACAAUUACCCUACUUCGUACCUAGCGAGAUAUGUGAGCUCGGUUAUCACCUGAUAAGUAGAGACUGCAGAGAGUCAGUGAUGAUCCCCAACAUAUUCGAGACUAGUCAGAGUAGUGGGCUGAACACAGAGACAGCUGACGAGAGCAGGGCUGACCAGCUCGUCUUAUCUAUGUCUGAUAUCGGAAGUAAAGACGGGGAGAACUUGCAGGAUACUAUUCCUCCCGACGUAUUUCGAGUGAGGCCAGUGACAGCGCACCUGGUGGUAUCGCCACCUGACAUCCCUCCAGACUGGAGGCUGGAUGAGGUGGCAGGGAAACUCCGGUAUCACUGGAAGGACUUCGCGAGGACCUGCGGUUUUGACAGCGAGGUCGUUGAUGAUAUCGAUUCGGUGUACUGCGGCUCGCUCAACAAGAGUAUCCAAUGCCUGAAGAUGUGGAAGAAUGAACUUGUGGGGAACGCUUCCUACGAGGAACUGGCCCGACGUCUGGGACUUAUAGAUCAGACACACAUCGCUGUGGCGUACUGUAACUUUGGGGGAGACCGCUAACAGAUUGUAGUUACACUUUAGGAGUUUAGAGUUUAAAAUUGGUGUGGGAGUUGGGAAUGUUAUCUUUCCUCUGCCUUUUAUUUUGAAACUUUUUAACCCCUGCAGCUGCAUAAGUUAAAGAAUUAGAUUUCCCAGAUUUUGAUUUUGUUCGGAUUAGAAUAGGGUUAUAAGUUAUUAAGUUGUGUUAAUGAUAAAUAAAGCUGGGGUUUGUUAGGAUUGGAUUGAAGGUUGAACAACUCGUUCGUCCGUUUUAACGACUGAUCCAAUAACUGUGAUAAGUUUAAUUUUGUAGUGAUAAUUUUAACUUUUCUGCUCGAAUAUGAACAAUUAAGAACUUGACAGU